AUGGCAAGUUACAAUGAAAAUCCCUUCGCUGGAGACUCGGAAAAUCCAUUCGCCGUAAGUUAUUAUGACCGAAAGACCUUCCUCUUUCGUGACUCACUAACAGUUCGGGUUUUCUGAGAUCGAGUGACCAAGCUCGUUAAAAAUUUCUCUUGUGUAUUUCAGGAUCCUUCAGUGGCCUCGCACACCAGUAAUGCGGCUCGUGGACUUGAAGAUUUCAAUCCCUUUGCAGAACAAAAUACUUCACAAGCAAGCGGUGCUGCAAAGGUUCUUCAUAUAUUUGUUUUUAUUUUCCGUUUGUAGGUCUUUCGUACCACCAGUGAUCAUUAAAUGAUCAUAAUCUAAUAAUGUACCUAGGCUCUCAAAAACACAGCAAAUGUGCCUGCUACGAAUAAUUGUCAUCGUAUACGCCUUUUUGCAUUGGUUAUAGUCUUGGAACUUCGAAAUUAAGCUUACCUAAAAUAAGCAUACCUGAAAUUAUUUUGCUCUUUACUCUUCCAUAUCUCUCUUCACUCAAAUUUUGCUGAAUAUCUGUUAUAAUGAUAAACUAUAUAGCCUAAAUUAUUCUAGAGUAGAAAAUGCGAGCUUAUCUAAACUAACUGUGAGCGUGUGCUUCAUUUAAGGAAGCUUGAUCGCAAAUUGAUAGAGAUCUUUCGGUCUCUGGAUUAUUUUCUCAACAAUAUAUCAUAUAGAUUAAGGCCCCCAAGAUCUAUGGCAGAUGCAGCAUAUAUAUUGUGCCCAUUGUUCGUGUAAUCUACAGAUGAUUAAACUCGUAACCGAGCUAUUUUUUGAAUAUUAUUUUGCAAAAUACACCUGUUUGAUAAAUAAAGAAAGUGUUCAGUACAAAACUGGGACUGGGUAUAAAACAUGGACUAGGCAGGGAAAGCUCUCAUGAAGGAUAAAAAUGUUAUCGAUUUUUUCGGAUUAUGCUGUCUCAACAUUGCUUGUCUCAACAUUGCUUGAACUCCUCUAGCACAAAUUCACUCUUUUGUAGAAAAACUCAAAGACAGAUGUUUUUGUUGGUUUUUACCCACUAUAUUUUGUUCGCUUCAAAGGGACGCCAACAUGGCAUCUCCAUAUAAAGCCUUAUAAAUUUGUGUAACACAUUAUUCCAAGUAUCUCGCAUAUGAAAUAUUGCAUAGACCUGAUUCUUAGCAAUGCUGUUUUCAAAUUUAUCUUCUCUCAUUUCCCAUUUUCUGAACUUUCUGUCAAGGCUCAAAAUAACGGACAGCAGGUCGCCUGUCAUGAUGACCGGCCAAAUAUUUUUUAGCCUGGACAAACCCCGAUUUUGGCCAGUCAAAUAAAUGAACGACAUAUUUUUAUUUGCCUAUGGAAUAUCGAAUUACGCUGGUGAGUGAUCGUUGUACUGCCUUGAUGUUAAGGUUUUUGGUGGCAAGUUGGUGAAAAAUUCCUUCACAUGUUGUUGAGUUCCUUGCCAGGAUUUUCGCCUGUUUUCAUGUCCGUUUAUAUAUACCUUGAGUAUCAUUGUACGGCAGUGUCUGAAGUCUCCAAGGUUCGUCCUAUAUCUGCAUAUCGGUGAAACUUGAUCCUUUUCGUUGCGCAGCACGUGAUCAAAAGUCUCGUCCACAACGAAGAAACGUCACUAAAUAUUUCCAGCAAAGAAGUUGAUUUGGCAAGAAAUUUGUUCCACAAACAGGGUAUUUGUCAUCAAAAGUCAAUAAAUAUACAGCAGAGCUUUCGUUUGGGUCACCGCGCAACACUUUAUCGUGAAGGGCUUAUUAACUUCAACAGAAAUUUGGAUAACGCUGUUUACAAGAAGGAGGAUUUUAAGCGCCAAGAUAGGCGACGUUCGUUCUCAGUUAGCUUUAUAGUUUUUAUCAGACAAUUCUGGAAUCGGGUCCGCAAACGAGAUUCAUGUUCGACAUAAAGAAAUUAUUAUAAUUAUUAAUCGAUGCACAGAAAUUUAUUCGUGGAGAAACAGUACAGGACGAGCAAUCGAUCAGCCCAAAUUCCGUCGAAGGUGAUUUUCACAAUCCUCUUACAAGUAGAUGUGAAACGUUUCAUGAAAAAAAACUGUAAGGUAUCCUUUAGUUUUCCAACAAAUAAUGGAUUAUCGUUAGUGUAUGUUUUCCCAAAGAAGGUCACUUUACUGAUCACAGCAAGGCAGAAUGCAUAGUACCGACCUGCUGCAUCGUUGCAUUACUCCACAACUCAGUUUGUUGUUGUUUCGCUUUGUUGCGUUUCAUCAUGACUUCUCAAACUCAUUAAUAAUUCAUUAAGAAAAUACAAAGGAAAUUAAUGUUUAAUGAGUGUUUGGAAAUCGGAUGAAACACUGCUUAGUAUUUGCAUCCUUAAUUUCUCCUUCAAAAAUGAUUUUGUUUGAGAAGAAAUAUCAAACAUUCGACACAGUGUUUCAUCACCAGAUGAAACACCUCGAAGUUCGUCAAAAAUACUCCGCUGCGCGUCGUAUUUUCAACUCUCUUCUCGGUGUUUCAUCUGGUGAUGAAACACUGCAUCUCAUGUUUGAUAUAUUACAUGAAAUUUAUUACGGCAUUCUUUUUCUUUAAAGGGUCUAGUGCAAAGCAGCAAAAAAAGCCAAAGAAAAAGGAAAUCAUUAAAGCGUUAUAGAGCAAAAUGCAUUAAGCAUUGAGGGCCAUGUGUUAGAAAACUCUUAAAUGGGUUAAUCAUGUAUAUCUACCCUCUCAAAAUAAAGAACAUUGUAUUGUAUUGUAUUGUAAGCAACAACUACAUGGAAAAUAUUAUAAAAUGUUUGGAUCCAAAAAUGACCGGUCAAAAUGACCGGCAAGAAGAGAGUUUGACCAGACAAGCCCAUGAUCAGGCUGGACAUUGUCCAUUGACUGGCUGUUAUUUUGAGCCCUGUUCUGUAUUGAAUGUUUUCAAUUUUUAUUUUUGAUGGUGUGACAGUGACAACAGAGAACAAUACUGAAAUUAUGAAUAUAUGAAAACCAUAUAAUUUUUAUGUGAACUGCAGAGUGAAGAAUUUUAUUACAUGUAUUUGAAGGAAGAUCAUUGCAGUUAUAUACGCAAGUUAUACUGUAAGACUAGUCUUGCACAAGUAGCAUUUUAUAUGAGUCAGGAACUGUACCUUACAAGCAUGUAAGAUUUGCCUUUUAUCGAAGCUAAAAAGACCUUUUUUACCAUUUACUCUUAAAGUCAAUGUCUUAUUUUUUCUGGUGUAAAUGAACCUACUGUGUAAGCUGAUUAUGAGGUGAAUGCAGGUUAUGUUUUGCACCCAAAUGUAGUUCACAGCUGAGAUAAGGUUCAGAAAUAAGUCCUUAAACAUAACCAGGCAGGCACAUAAUUUACACCUAAAAUAGUAAUUCUGUACUUGACCACUGGUUGGUUAUAUGAGUGAGCCGUAUACGUUAGUCUUCUAAUAAUCUUAAUCUUGGUCACAUUAUUGCUAUUGCUAAGGGCUGGCGGCUUGGGUUUUUUUCCAGCUACAGUACUGUAAGGAUGAUCUGCCUCAGUCGAACCCCACUUUAUAUGAACCCACUUAAUACGGACACCUUGUUAUUAUGGACAGUCUUUCUUGUCCCCAGCCCUUACAUUAUUUAAAUUUAAUUUGUAAACAUUCUGUGGCCCCUCUUAGCGUCUGUAUUAACCCUUUACACCCUAAGAUCAAAAUUUGAAUUCUCAUUUGUUGCCCCUAUUCAUUUCCUAUGGACAUAAUUGGGAGAAGUUGAUAAAAUAUCAAGAAAAUUCAUCUGGUGUGAUCAUGUCCUUAAUUCUCAUGACCACUCUGUUUCACAAAGCAUUGAUAUUACAGGGAGAAAUUUGAUGCUGAUCACUCUUAGAGCUUAAAGGUUAAGAGGGUUUGACUGUACUUUCAUAGAAGACAAAAGGAAGAUAGAACCAAAAGAGUUUCUUAGCUGUUCAAUGCCCCACCUACUGACUCCAAACACCCAGCAACUUUUUAAUACUAGUGACAGCCCUGCUUAUUGUUUUGCAGUGAUGUAAUCAUUACAAGAGUUCUUAGUUCUACACUUGAAAAUUGUGAGAAUCAAAGGUUGUGCUUGAGGAAGCCAUGAUGAAAAGUUAGGGCUGGGGAAAAAGAGCUUCUCCUGACCUUAUGGGUAUCUCUUAUCCAUAAGAUUUCCAACUUCAGAUUCAGGAGCUAGAUUUUGACAAAUAUGUAUUCCUGAUAAUAAUGUUUUUCUUGUUUGUGAUUAUUUUAGUUGAAGACGACUCCAGCCGCACCACCACCAGCUCCAAGACAACCGGCAGCAUCACCUUCUGCAUCGCAGCCUGCAGUUCUUCAGACUAAAGAGGAACCACCCCCUUAUGUGGUGUGUUCUUGUAUUUAACCCUCUUGUGAUGUAAUAGCAAAUUAAUAACAAUUUUAUUAUCAAUAUGAUCAAUAGACCGAUUGCAAAUGUUAUGACAUAUGCACGAAAGCGAGGCCUUUUGGUGGCAACUGUUGGUAAGGGUCAAUUUUCCUUUUCGCUUCAAGAAAGUUUGUUGUUUUCAUUUUCUCGAAACGUUUCUAUCAAAGAUCUCUUGAGAAAUUACCUAAUUGUGGACAAAAUUUAUUUGAGUGAUCUUUUCUUAAAACUUUAGGUGUUAUGUCUAGGUCAGUGCUUUGUCACUGCUCAGUGCAAGCAGCCUUUAUUAUGCCUAUAUUUUCCUUGCGUAGAAUAGAAGUCAGUGACAUGAAGACCAAAUUGAUUGCUCUGUAAAACAUUCUACAGUCACUAGGCAGAUUGGAAAGCUUACUCAAAAUGAACAAACCCAAAAGAAAACUGCUUGAAAACUUGCUUAAACAGUUCAUAACGAGAGGGUCAAGAGUUCAGAAACAUUGCCUGCACAGCUUAUGUUAAAACGGCUCUUGGAAAAGCAAGGUUCAGUCUUGGAAGUUCUAAAGUAUGCUAAAAAAUAGCUUAACUCUUCUGGUACAUUUUUAAUUAUAACAGUUCAUCAUGCUGAAAACUAAACAAAGUUCCCUAGAUAUAUUAAGUUCAAUUGUGGAGUAAAAGGAAUUAACCCACUCUUUGCCCAAAAUAUGACUUGGAAAGAAAAGGAAAAGCAAAGCAACAACAACAAAACCUUGAUAGCCCAUUUCUAUGCCGCAAUAGGCCUUUUUUUGCUUUUAAUCACAGACCACUCACCUUGUGUUAUUUUUUCGAUUCAACCAGCGCUGAAUGCGGUCCUGAGACAAAUAGUUUCUGAUGAUAUUUAAGUUCAUAUUGAAGAUUACCUUCAGUUGUGUUAGCUUGCAUUUGACAGCUGGUUUGAUGCUUUGAGGUUGAAAGAAAGGUGGGCCAAGAAUGAUACAAAAAGAAAAUAGCAAUGCACCUUUAAGGGCUGUCCUAUAAUACUAAAGAAUUCACAAGAGCUUUUUGGCUUUGACAAUCUGAUGUUGUAAGUCAAAUAAGGAGGUCCGAUAGAAAAUGGAAAGUCUCUUUGCAAUAACGGUGUGGAGAAGGAUAACAAAGCUAUUCUUUGAGUCGAUGAUACAUAAUCAGUUAAAAAGCAGUUCUGCAUGAGCGGCUUUCACACCUGUUUGAUGACUAUUCUGUCCUAAUGCUUCGCACCUGCUGUGUCGAAGCGCUUUCUAUGCAUGAAAAAUAAGGGCAUAAAAAAGGCUGCCUUAAACCAAACUGUAUCGUAACCCUGACCUAGAUAUCACUUUUAAAGUGUAAAGGAAAGAUAUUUCAAGUAUAUUUUACCCACAAUUAGGUAAUUCCUUUACAGAAGUUUAAAAGAAAUGCUUUGAGAAAAUGUAAACAACUUACUUUUUUGAAGCAGAAGGAAAGGAAGAAAGACCCUUAGCAACCAUUGCUACCGAUAAGCCUUGCUUUUGUGCUUACGUCUCCAUAUUUGCAAUCGGUCUAUGAUAGUAAAAAUUACAUAACAUAAAAAUAUAUCGUUUGGGGGGCCUGAAAGGUAAUUUUCUUAUCUCAGGCGACAAACCCCUUAAUAAUUUCUAUCUGAAAAACAAAAUUAACAUUAUCUCCCCUAGAUGUUUGGUGCUCCAAAAAAAGAGCCUUUUCCAUGACUCACAUUGUAGUUUUGUCAACACUUUUGCUCGCUAAAAGCAAACUUAUGGUAAACUAUGAAUGGAAGGCAUCCCACCCCCUACCAUGCCUACAUGUACCCCUUACCAUGGUUGCCCUUUUCUAUUUAUGACAUUGCUGCCUACUUAAAUUUUUUUCUUUUUCUGCUUUUAAAAUUUCUGGGAAAUUUUCUGGCCAGCAUUUAGGCAAAAAAGAGGCAAAUCUUGCACAAAGUACAAUAAACUGGUGAAUUUACCUAAGGUGCAUUAUUAUAACAUGCAAUAUUGUUAUAUUUUCAUUCUAUUUAUACUUUAUAUGCAGGUUGAAGAGGAGCAAGAAAACUUGAGAAAACGUCAGGAGGUAUGUGUACUGGAAUCAUGACAAACAUUGAACAGAAAAAAGAUUUUGUGCAAAUUAGGGUAAUGGUAAUUGAUUCACUUUAACAAGAAAGUGCAGUUGACAAGUUUAGGCCAACAAGGACUUUUGAGUUGUUGCUUGUGAUCUUUGCAGUAAUUCCUUUUUCUAUAUGCUUUAAUAUGCAACAUUUUCUUGAGACUGUCACAAAUGUAGGUAGCAAUGCAAAAUCGCAGAGUAUUGUCAGAGAAAUCCAGAUUUAACAAAGAGCCCACUGAAGUGUAGUGCACACUGUGUUGAGUAAGAUAACUUUUCUGGCCUAUAAAAAGAAAGGAAAGAGAAAGGAUUGCGUGGAAGGAAAUACUUAUUUAUUGUAUCAUUGCUUACAAAUAUAUGUGAUGAGUAAUAUAAUGAUGUUUUGGAUUAGGCUGAGUGAGAUGAAGAAUAUGCAGAUUGAGGAAAUUGACCAAGAGGGGAAAAUAAUAUAAUUAACUCCCUUAGAUUUAUGAGAUCUGCUUAAUUCUUUGGGUCAUACCUUUAGGUCGUAGCUGCCUCUUUGCAUGACAUCCAUGCCCAUUUUUUUCAGUCAUUUAAUUUACUAUUGUUGUUAGUGUUUACAAAAUGUAAAGGCUAGAAAAAACACAAGGUUGGCAUUGUGGUGAGAGCACUCGCCUCCCACUAAUAUGGCCCAGGGUUCAAAUCCUGGUGUCAACACCAGAAUUGUGGGUUGAGUUUGUUAUUGGUUUUCUCCCUUGUUCUGAGAGGUUUUUCUCCUGGCACUCCAGUUUUCCCCUCUCUUCAAAAACCAACAUUUCCAAAUUCCAAUUCAAUCAGGAAUAAGGCAAAUGAAGGAUCACUAUGUGGAUGUGCUACCUCUAAAGGCUGGUUUUCACUAGCGACGGAGUCGGAGUCAGAGUCGUAAUCAGAAGCAUAGAGUUUAUGAUCUAGUGAAAACAGCAUUCCGAUUCUGCUUACGAUUGUGUCGCUUAUGUUCUGCUUUUGAUCUAGUGAAAACGAGAUUGUCGGAGUCAGAAGCAGAAGAGGAAGACCUAAACCAAUCACAAAGCGUGGGAAUGUGCACUGUGAUCAAGGUUUAUCCUUCUGCUUCUGCGGACUCCAACAAUCUGGUUUUCACCAGAUCAUAAGCAGAAAGUAAGCGACAGAGUUGUAAGCGGAGUCUGAAGAUAUGGAAACAUUCUGAUUCUUCUGACUCCGAUUCCAUUGCACUUAUGACUCCGCUUACGACACCGAUUUUUUAUUUUCACUAAGUCGUAAGCGCUCUUAAGGCUCCACUUACGACUCCAACUCUGACUCCGUCAGUAGUGAAAACCAGCCCUAAAUCAUUAUUUUAUUUAUUUAUUAUAUAUUACUGGUGAAAGGUAUAUAGUAUUAUUGUAUCUUUAUUUUGUAGGAGUUAGAGCGCAAGGCAGCAGAGUUGCAGAGAAAAGAGCAGGAGUUACAGAGAAUGCAGUUUGGAGGUACUGAACAGUAGGGUUGCAGAAUAUUCUAUUUUAAUGUUCAUUUUGGCUGAUCGAAAACAUUAAGUCAUACUUCUUACAAGUCUUUAAGGUCAGAGCACACCAGGUGAAAAGUUGCAGCAACCCACUGUGUCGACAGAUCACUCUGGCUUAUGUACAGGUUGCAUGAUGAGUUACAAGAACAUGUUGCAGUGACACAUCGAAGCGACAAAUCACUUUGCGUGUACAGGAGAAUUUUUGCAAUAAUCUUUGUCUCUGCAACAAGUUGCAAAAAACAUAAUUAGACUGAAUCUGUGCAACUUUUUGCAGUGACAAAAUUCUGUUGUAGAGACAAAGAUUUUCAUAAAAAUUAUCCAGUACACGCAAAGCGAUUUGUAGCUGCGAUGUUUCAUUGCAACAUGUUGCUACAACAUGUCGCCUAGUGUGUACUGACCUUUACCUGUCCGACUACCAGUUCUGUGCUUCAUGAUCCUCAUAGUACAAAAAUCAGUGAAUAUUAAAGUGAUAAUGAUCUGUCCUGGAUGUAAGAUUUAAGAGUUACACUGUAUGUGUAAUAAGGCCUUAUGUGACUCCUGCUCUUAAAUUCUCCCUUUGAUUUACAAGCACACCUGGGAGAAUAAUUAUAGCGUUUUAUCAGAAAUCACUCAAGUAGGACUCUAUUCAGGCAGUCCUUGAAAUAAGCCUUUCACAGCUAUCAGUAAUUUCUUUUAAUGCAAAAUUCGCGGCCGGGAUUUGUGUUUGCGGCGCACAGUACACGAAGGUUGGCAAUGGGCCUUUAAGUGUAAGGUUUAUUCAUAAACUGAGUUUGUUUCUUUGCCCACCUGAGGUAAAACUAAAUUACUAGGGACCAACAGGCACCACCAGAAGACAUCCUCGUAAAAACAACUUUUAAGUUAAUUAAUGAAGUAGUGCGGCUGACAAUAAUAUUGUUUUGAACAGAUAACUUGAGCUGUUUAAACGGGGGCGCAACUUCAUUAAUUAAGGCUCGGCUAACAGCUCGAAAUCAAUUAUUGAUUUCGAGCUGUCAGCCAAGCCUUUCCUUUUUUGAACGGAAAGCCCGAGCCGUUAGAACUGAUGACAGUUUUUAUCAAAUGGAUAGCCUGAGUUAUUCAAACAGAUGACAUUGCUUUUUCAAAUGGAUAACCAGAUCUGUUUGAACGGAUAACAUUUUUUUUUUGAACUGAUCGCCAGAGCUGUUGACACCAGGGUUUGAUCAAAUACCAAAUCUUUGCAGAAAUAGCCUUUCACAACUAUCAGUAAUUUCAUGUAACACAAAAUUCACAGGAUUUGUGGUUGGGGUGCACAAUGCACCAAGGUUCGCAAUGGGCCUUUAAAUGUAAGGUUUAUCUAUAAACUGAGAUUUUUUCUUUGCCCACCUGAGGUAAACUUGAGUUACCAGGGACCAACAGGCACAACUAGAAGACAUCCUCGUAAAAACAACUUUUAAGUUAAUUAAUGUUUUCUAAAGGCUAAUUUUGUAUUAAUUUUCCAUCACUUGAAGGUACCCAAUACUAAUUUUCAUCACAAUUUCGACAAUUUUUUUUUUUUAAUUUCUUUUAGUAGCAUUACAAUAAAUGAAAUAAUAAAUUAAAUUAGAUCUUAACAUGUAUUAACCUUUAUAUUGCAGGUUACAGAGAAAACAACUUUCCACCUCUGCCAUCAAAAUGCCCUUGCAAGCCAUGUUUUUUCCAUGAUAUUAGUAUUGACAUUCCCAUUCAAUAUCAGAAGACGUGCAAAUUACUUUUCUACAGAUGGCAAGGUAGGGCUGGUCAUGAUCAAAACAUGAAUUGUUUUUUGUUGUUUCUUUCUUCUGUAGAAAUAUGCCAUUGAUUGUAGAAUUUUGUGGUAGAAGAAAAAGAAUGAAAGCAGGUUUUAUGUCAGCCACUGGCUAUUGGUGUGAUUCAGCACCUGUGCAUAUUUAACCUACAUUGUUAGGGCAGAGAAUGAUGUCAUGUUUUUGAGCUGCACCUUUUUUCAAAGAGUACAAAGAAAAACAGGGUUUUUUCGAGAGGCUCUUAACCCCACCAGGGCUCGAAAAAAUAGGGAAGCAGCUCUCACAGUUUGCUUGCCUGGGCCCACUUCUUACUCGUCUUAGUUAAUGAUUUUGUUGGAGGGUGACUUGCCUGGAUCUUUGCCCUUGGGCAGCAAGUAAGCUUGAAAAGUUACUUACCCAGCAAGAAAGUCUACUUGUCUGGGAUUACCAGAUGAGACUUUUUUGAGUCCUACCUAGCAAGCAGAAAAUAUAACGGAGAGAGUGAAGUUACUACUUACUUAAAAAACAUCGCCACUGGACAAAAAUUAAGUUUAAACCCUGCCUCUGAUUAGAAUGCCAACUCCCCCUUGUCACCCUGCCUUGUUCGAAUCAUUCCUGUCUUAUCAGGGUUCCAAGUAAAAGUCAACCAUCCCAUAUGUACAUUAUUCUUUACGAUAGACUAUUAGUAAUACUUCAAUCUUUGUCUUGGUGGCUUGUAUGAUUGUCAUGUGUUUAUUUUUUUUUAUUAAAAUGCUUUUGUCAAACUUUUAAAUGUAAGCCUAGAAAGAUGCCUUAUACUUUGCUUUGAAUUGGCAUUCAUUUGGAAUUUGAAAGCUAAAAACUACAAAAAAAACCUCUGCUUUUGGCAGUAUUUACUUUGAAGUACAGUUAUUCAAGUAGAAUGUUUUGACCUGAUCUCUGAGGUAAAUCUUCAAAUUGAAUAUAGAAACUACUUCUGAUCAGAUGACCCAAGAUUUGUGUAUUAAAUCCUGUAAAAUACAACCCAGUAAAGAUCUUCACUCGGCAGUUUCCAUAAACCUUUUUGAUACCAUCCAAAUUGUUUUAAUGUUGAAAUGACCAUAAAUGAUCUGAUAGACUCCCUCUCUGAAGUAAAUGCCUUUUGUCUAAUAAGUGCCUCCCUUACACUAACUUUUGAGUUUGUAUUAGAACACCCCCUAUCUAAUGGACGCCCCCCAGUCAGUAUUCUUGCUUGAUUAACGAAGGUUACACAUUGCACAUCUUGUCCAAUGUUUGAAAAGUUCAAAGAUAAAUAGGGUAACAAUGACAGUUCACACAAUGAUCCUGAAUGAGGAUUCUGACAUUAAGGUUGAAAUUUGAAAAGCAAUUUAGACGGCCUAGAAGUAUUAAUAAAUAGACUGGUUAUUUUGCUAUCGAUAAACUAUAUUGAUUUUCUUCCUGAAAACAUAUUAGUCGUGUUGAACUUUCUACAAAUAUGAAGUAAAUGCCUCCUAUCUAUUAAACGCCCUCUCUUGGACCCCUAAAAUGAAAUAAACAUCCCAGGCUUCUAUUAGAUUGGUAUGUAUCUUGUAUCUUGCUGCUGUUACUGUUGUAAAAAAGUAGAUGUGUUUUCUGUUUUUCUUUCAGUCUACUCUUUCACAAUGUUCUAUAACUUCCUUGCCGCCUUUGCCUUGCUUGUUGGUGAUGCUGAGCCAAUUCAUGAAGGCGAAACAUUUGGACUCUCGAUACUGUACUUAGUUGCAAAUGUACCUUUGUCAUUUUUGGGGUGGUACAGGCCUGCUUAUAAUGGUCUAAAGUAAGUAAGGAUAAGAAUCACAAAAGUUUAAGUCAGCAAAGUGUCAGCUUGAAUGUUUCAUGAAAUAAAUUUUUUAGAAAAAUAUUGCUGGUAAUUUUGUAGCUGUUGGAAGGGUAAAUUAGUCUGCAACGACAGGUAACCCAAGUGCGAAAUAUGACCAUCAGCCUUGUUACAUAAGGUUCAAAAUAUAAGGAUUUGUAUGGUGAAAAAAAUAAUAAUUAUUAUAAUUACAAUUAUUGUUACUGUAACCUAUGAUUGUGAAAGCAUUGAAAUAAAAAUUGGCUAACCUCAGCGGCAUGUGUUUCUUUUUUCCUGUGUGGUUUCCUGGGUUGAUUCAUGGCCAUUAUAUGCAUUUUAAUUCAGCUGGUUUGUUCUCUCAAUAAUCUCAAUUAAGACACAUAAAAUGGCCAUAAAUAGACUUGGGAACCACCGAGGAAAGAAGAAACACACAAAUUAAGUGAGGUUAACUGAGUUUUUGUUUUACUUUCAUUCUUAGGUUACAGAAACAGUCAUUUGUUUACCAUGCAAAUCCUUAUACAUGUAUUUCAAACGUUGUGCAGCAAUGUCGAUGGUCGUACUUUAAACCUUGCCACCUGUGUUGCAACCAACACUCCAACAGCAAACAGCGGUAAUAGCUGAUAGCAUGUGGCCUCUGUUGUUGUAAACUUAGGGGUUUUUUUCUGCUUGGUUAAGUUUUACUAACAAUUCCAUGGCCCUUUUCUGAUGCAUUCAGGCUGGGAUAAUUUAUAAGCUGACUUAAACUUUUUUAUGAUUACUGGCCCUCUUAGCUUCCCUAUCCAUUUCCUUUUUGUUGCAGUUUACUGUUUUGUUCUGUUCUUUAACUUCCUUGCUGCAAUGGCCCUACUGAUCAAGGGACCUGGUGAAUCAAAAACGGAUACUGGUUCAACUUUUGGCCUGUCAGCCUUAUACUUAAUAGCUAAUGUCCCCUUAUCCUUCAUUGGCUGGUACAGGCCAUGCUAUCGUGCUUUCAAGUAAGUUUUUUGUUUUACACCUGCAUGCAGGACUGGAAAUGUAGGCCAUUUUCCAAACUGGCCGCAUAUUUCCCACCUUGGAACUUUUACAGAGGACCCAGUCUGCAAAUUUGGUAUCACACUGAUUCCACAACCAUAUAAUGAAUGAAGGACAUUCAAUUUAGGUUUCUGGGAAACUGCCCACCCACCCCUCCCCUAAGGGACUUGUCAGAAAUUAGCAGGGGGCGGGGUGGGAAUUUGAAAUGGGGGUUCGGAAAUGAGGUGACCCAUUCCUGCAAUGGGAGUGAAAUUUGCUAACCCUCCCCUUGAGCUUGGCCUAAAAUAUCAUGACCCUCCCCCUAUCGUAUAAAUGAGAAAAUCUAGUUCUUGCAAUACACUAGGGUGCGUCAGUAUUAUGAAAACUCAAAAUAUAUUUCUAAUCUGUUCUUUGUAAUGCUAUAGCUGUAUAAAUACAUUUUAGAUGACAGCAUUAAGAGUCCGACUCUGAUUCUGACAGCUGAUCACUUGACAGAAUAAAGAACUUCCUUUUUCUUCUGUAGGUGAACCUCUACAUGAUCAUGGGCAUAUAUUUGCAUGACCCACCCCUUUUAAACGGCCCAUUUUUCAUGACCCCUCCCUUUUCUGCUGUCUCAAAAAGUUGUGACCCUCCCUCUGUUUCCCCCCCCUCCCCCCUGCUAAUUUCUGACAAGACCCUAAGCCAACAUUUUGCCCUAAGCGAGCAGUAAGUGAUAAUGUUGGCUGUGGGGAGGGGUAGGUGGGCAGUUUCCCAGAAACCUAAAUUGAUCCCAAAUUUGCAGUAAAAAUUAAACCCACCAUAUUCCCAUGCAGUGAUAUGAAAAGUAUCUUGGUGGAAUGAAAUCCCUUUAGAUCCGUAAGUUGUAGUUAGGUGUAAAUUAAACUGAAAUUUGGCUUAAUUAUUGCUUUUAAUUCACUUUUUUGUUGAUCAAAGAGAAAACCUUCCAACACCUUUACUGGAUGCUUGUCUUUGGUUAUAGUACAGCCUAAAAUCAAGUUGAUGACUGAUCCUCUUAUAAAUUCAUGAAGGAUUUGAAGACUUGAUUGGCGAUGAUUGAUUCUUGUGUUUGUUACAUGUUUCCUGUCAGAAUAACCAAACCGAAACAGCCUUUGUUAAAGUUUCAGUUAGUUGGAAUCAAGUGUUUUUUUUCCUUUUUUUGUAUUUUUCAGGAAUGACAGCUCCUUUAGCUACGUGAUUUUCUUCCUAAUCUUUUUUCUGCACAUAGGAAUAAAUAUUUUUUACUGUCUUGGAGUUCCUGGUUCAGGAGCAUGGUAAGUUCUGAGCAUACUUAAAAAACCCUUAUAGAUUAGUCCUUUUCAACACAACACACAGGAACUUUUAAUAUUAUAUCCGAUUAAAAUUUAAUCUCCGAUUAGCUAAUCAGCCUUCGCGCAACUGAGCCCAAGGCAUUUCCUCUAUUUAUUAUCAUUCAAUCAUGGGUAUUAUCUUCUGUAAAUAGUUAUUAAGUCAAGGGCAUACGUCUGUGGUUAGUCAAUCAGUCAGCAGUAUUAAUUACCCAUGAUUGAUUAGCAUUUAAUCAUCCCCAGGUGAUCUGGCCGUCAAUGAUAAGCCAAUCAACAUUGAGCCAAAAUUAUUUUUAAAGCUGGACAGAAUUCUUUCUGUGCCUAGACCGUACAAACCAGCAGCUUUGAUGGAUUGUCAGAAAUGCUACUGUUUUCAGUUAGAAAUAUUCACAGUCGUCCAUUCAUAUAAGUACUUCUCAUCUUUCUGAUACCAUCUAGAGUUCUACAUGUAGCACGACGUUGGAAAUAAUGCCAAAAUUCAUGAUAAAUUUAGCACUCUAACUACCCGCAACCACCAUGAAAGACAAAAAUGAAACUGAUCGCUACGGGCCCCUUGUGUCAUCUGGGCUUCUUAUUCUUCUGUUCAAAAGCAUUUUCACGGAUAAGUUUCUCGUUUCUCUAUAGAGCAUCAAAUCAUUACAUUGCAGGCGAAAAGGAUAACUUUUAAGCUUUCAUUUCUGAAUUGAAAUUUAGCACUAACCCUGGGUUGUCUUAACCCUGCUUUGAAUAACCCGGCCCUGGACUGUAUUAUUAUACACAUGAGAUUUACUUUAUUUAUUGUUUGUUUGUUUUCUUUUUUCAGUGGUUUUAUCAAUGCAACUCAGGCAAUACACAACAGUUUACCAGUUGGAGCCAUGAUGUUUGUGGCCGGUGGACUGUUCUUGCUUGGUGUGAUCGUAGAUAUUUUUCUUCUUUUAAAGGUUUGUCUUCUAUAUAAUCGUGCCAGCUAAUUGUAGCUAGCUAACAGGUAUCAUAUGAUAAAUCAAUCUGAUUCCUGGAGAUAUGUUUGUAAAGGCGGGGUUUGAACCCUGGUUUGACAUGUCAUAACGUUGUAUACAAUUACAAGAUGAUCUUCACAGCUUGGAAAAAUGGGAAUCCGAUUGGUGUAUGGAAUUUAAAAUUAUACGGGUAACACGCAGACGGACACCUUUCAUAUUUCAGUAAAAACUUCAUGGCAAGGUCCUGGAAACUGUUGAUACUACUAAAUAUUUAGCGAUCAACCUCUCUCACGUGAUUUACGCUGGAAUGAUCAUGUAAUUGAAAUUACCACCAAAGCAAACGAGACUCUGAACUUUUCUACGCCGCUAUCUCCGCACUUGUUUGGCCAAAUCCAAAGAACGAGCAUACAAAGCCCUUGUUAGACCGAUUGUUGAAUAUAGUGCCGAUGUCUGGGAGGCGAACUAUCACUCGCACACAAUCAAGCUGUACCCUUGCGUAGCUAAGAACAUACAUUAACAGCAGGUCGAAAUGAUUCAACGCCGAGCAGCUCGCUGGGUACUCGGGCGCUACGACAGAUUAGACAGUGUUACUGAUAUGAUAUCUUCUCUCAAAUGGAGAUCUCUGGAGCUCAGGCGAUCUCAUGCACGUCUCUGUCUGCUGUACAAACAGUGUAAUGGAUUAGGCUCUUACGAUUGCGACAAGCUUCAGAGAGAACAUAAGAGCAGAAUGGACACCAGGCUCUCGUCUCUCAGUCAUCGAUUUGAACAGCUACGUUGUACAUGUGAUUAUUAAAAGAACUCUAUUUACCCUAGUAGUUCACAGUGGAACAAUCUCUCACCAGAAAUUAUAGCAUCUACUUUGCCAUGUUCAUUUAGGUAAUCCCUGUAUAAUCUUACAUAUUGAUUAGUAAUUUUAUGUUUUUAUUCAUUGUCGUAAUUUUUAUUAUUUAAAGCAGUCUGCAAUACUCUCUUAAGAGUGAAGACUUUAUUGGUAAAUAAUUACAUCCUGAAGUAAAAUAUUUAUUGAUGUUGACAGGUACACAAGAUAUACCGCAUGGCAGGUGCAAGCUUUGAGAAAGCUCAGGGAGAGUUUGCACGGGGAAUGGCCAGCAACCCGCAUGUGCAGAAUGCAGCCACAGAAGUAGCGGCGGCUGGGGUGCGCAGUGCUAUCUCGGGUGAUAACAGGAAGUGAUCAACAGGUUUAAGAGGACAUUAUUAUCACAUAAUUAUGGACAAACUGAGGCUGAGAAGCUGUUCAUAGACGUACCUGGAUUCCGAAAAUAUAGAGACUCCAUUUGGUAGUGGUAUUAAGUUGAUCAAUGCAACUUUAAACUUGAAUCUUGGUUGCAUUUUUUUUUUUUUGAAAUACCAGCUUUCUUCAUUAAUCAGGGCUCAAAAAAGCCCGAUACACCUGGUAUUCUUGGACAAAACACUGUCAUUUUGCUUGUUGGGCGGGUAACUUUUUAAAGCUUAUGUGCCCAAUGAGCAAGAAUCCAAGCAAGUCAUCUUAUAACUGAAUCGUUCAGCAAUGGAUCUGUGCAAGCAAAGUGUGAGAGCUAUUGCCCAAAGGACAAGGUGGAAUUCGUCACUUUCGAAACGAGAAGGGAACUGGACUCCGUUUCUCAAAAGGGGGAGAAAGGUGUUUUAUGUUUGCCGUGUUUGCAUCCAAGAUUCAAGUUUCAAUAAUUCUGAUAAUGAUACAAUGAAGCUAUCAGUUAACGAAGCAAAAUUGACUGGUUUGUGAGCUAGGAACUGUGCUACUAUUACAAAGGUUUUGAUUUUAAAUUUGCCUUCGGGCCCGAAAAGUUUCCGGGCUUUUCGAGAAACAGGUCCCUGGGGCCGAGUUAACUUUCGCAAAGACUUCUGGGACUGUUACUGGAGACAGGGAAAGAGUUGGGCAAUGGCUGACCAGCUCGUCCCCAGUAACGAUCCCUGAAACAAUUUCACGACGCAUUUCGGCUCCAGUUCCCUUCUGUUCUCGGCGAAUUGCAUUUUUUUGAGCCCUGCCUAAGUAAUUAAUUUUUCAAAGUUUCUCAUUCUAAAGACUUGCUGUCUUUACAGAGGAGUAAUUUCAGGAGUUGUUAGCUUUUCUGCCAGUCGUUUUCAGAAAAUUCUGAAUGUAAUGUUUAGUGCGGCCAAUUCCAGCCAUCCACAGUUUUGAAUUAGUAGAGGAAGUCAUAUAUUGACAGUAUAAAAUUAAUUUAAGAGCCACUUAGUACAAGGAGAGCCAACCAGAGUUACUCUGUGACAUUUUAAAGGUGUGUUAUUUUUUUAUACGUCAUUGUGGUGAAAUGUCGUGCAGACCUGUAAAGAAUUAAAUUGCUUGUAAACAUAGUACUGAGAUGGUGUAACCUACAACCGACCAAACGUGGCAAAUUGUAAAAUUAAUCUUAUUUGUUGAAAGAUAUGGAGUAAACAGUGCAGAUUUACCAAACGCACGCUGAGUCUAUGGUUUUAGAAGGUUUUAUUCUUCUCAAAAUCGGUUUAGCGUAGCGUAAAAAUAGUUUGAGUCUCACGCGCGCGAAAAAUACAAUGACUGAAAUUAAAAUACAAUGACUGCCACCACAGCUAGGCAGGCUAUCCUCUGUUGGUGUUGUCAUUGAAAUAUGAGCAUCGUCGAACUUUUAUACAUGUAUAUAAUAGUAAGUGAACGUCAAGCCGGCUACAGGUCAU